AUGUGUAGUGGAUUUUUUGGGUUAAAUAUCCCCCAAAAUUUUUCAUCUUCUAAAUACACACAACUCUCAGCUAUAACGAUUUUCACACAAUUAUUUUUGCAGAAAAGAUCAAAAACUGUAAGAGUAUCUGCUUAUAGACGUCCACCGCGUGCUUCACCUACUGGCCAAAGUAGGAAGGCACAUAUUGGUAUUAAGCGCCUUCCAGCAGAGUAUGUCAUGGAAGGUCAAUUGUUGGUUAAACAAAGAAUCCCUAUCACUAUGAAUCCGAACUCAAAAAGAAAUAGGCACUUCAAGCUAUACCCUGGGGAGAAUGUAGGUGUUACUAAGACUAGUAGUCUAGUUGCCCUGGGCAAUGGUAGAGUAAAGAUAAAUCAUGAUGUGGAAAGGGAUGUCAAAAUUGUGAAUGUAUUACUCGAAGAGCAAGAGGAGUUGCUGGAAUCUGAUUUAUGGCGCUAUCGGAUGGAGCAUGUUAGGGGGAUUGAAGAGAAUAGAUCAAUUUGUUAUUUACGCAGCAAAUGUGCCAGUUAUUUGGAUUAUAAACUUACAAACCCACCGACUAAACCCCCACCAAGGCCUCAGUUUUUGAGCAAGUUUGACAAGUGGGAGAACUUAUCUAUGCCAGAUGUUAAGAGGUUCACUAACAAACUAUAUUAA